AUUAGACGAUUUGUAUUAACUGGUGUUUUUGUUAAAAAAAUUAGAUCUUUCGUUCUUUGUAAAAGCGACGUGUUGAUUACUUUUAAUUUGUCGAUCGAGUAUUCGGCAACGAUCGUGUAGACGGUGGUUUUUCACAGCGACCCAGAGAUCAGGUGCUUCGUACGUUCAUCGUUCAUACUUCCAAACUCCUGCCUCAUAGAAAUUUGGAAAGAUGGCCGCCCUCAGGACUGUGUUUAACGUCUCGAAGAGGAACAUUUUCCUCUCCGCCUCGAGAUUCAACACGGAGAUGCCCGACCCCAUCGAUCACGCCACUGGUAUCGAAAAGAGAGAACUCCUAGCUAAAAUGGCUGGAAACGAGAAUCCUUUUGACUUAAGGGUUUUGAAGAGAGGACCUGGCACUAAGGACUGUCCGAAUCAAGUCCCAUCCGCGUAUGAUUCCCGUAUUCUAGGCUGCAUCUGUGAAGAGGAUGCCACCACAAUUAACUGGAUGUGGCUCCAUCAGGGCACGCCUAGAAGAUGUGCCUGUGGCCACUGGUUCCAGCUCGUUUACAAGGCCCCAGUUUAAAAAGAUGGAAAAAAAUAAAACCCAAGCGAAUAAAGUUUAGUCGUUCA